AUGCCCUCUAUUCUCAACGAGGAGGAUAAGGAGACCGUCAAGCGAGUCGUCCCUAAGCAAUCCAACAAGAUCCAAGCUGUUGCCGUUGCCAGACUCUAUGUCGCGUACCCAAACAGGCAAAAAUGGACCUAUACUGGAUUGCAGGGUGCUGCCGUCCUCGCCAAUGAUUUGGUGGGGAACACGUACUGGAUCAAGAUGGUAGACAUAUCACCUGCUGGUCGGGGUGUCAUAUGGGAUCAGGAGCUCUUUGAUACGUGGUCUUACAAUGCUGAUCGCACCUUCUUCCACACCUUCGAGCUCGAAGAAUGCUGGGCCGGGCUGUCUUUCGUCGAUGAGAAGGAAGCAAAACAGUUCAAAAAGAAGAUGGACGACAGGGAAAAGAAUGCUUCUAAAGCUACCAAGAACACUCCAUUUGGUGGAACAACUCAGCGGCAUCAAAAGUCUGGCGGCUUCUUAAGUGGCCUCUUUGGAGGCCAUAGGCACGUCUCCAAUCCGACUCCGCCCGAGUCGCCGCGAAACAGUCUCCCAUUGAUGCAGCCCCAUGCAAGAACAUCUUCCUUGAAUCUCAACAGCUAUCUAAAGCCUUCCUCUGAAUUUGCUAAGCUAGAGGCAUACGAUCCGAACUGGCGGCAAAAUUUUGGGAAUUUCCUGUCUGAGCAAGGGCUUACGGAUGACUUCAUCAAAGAAAAUCAAGAUUUCAUUGUUGAAUUCUUGAAAGAGGAAAAUGAAAAGAAGACAACUUCUGCAAUGCCGGCACUACCACCUCCUCCCAUGCCACCGGUGAAUGGAAGCACUGGAAGUAUUGUAAGCACCAGUAGUAGCGGACAUGGUCGAGCACCGCCGCCGCCGCCGCCACCUCCCGCCGCUGCGCGACCCAUAUCUGAAAGCAUCUCUUCAUCUUCUGGCUCUCGUCGUGGCGCGCCUCCACCUCCUCCCGCCCCACGGAGAUCUGGCAAGCAAGAGACCGUACAGCGCGAGCCAACACCUCCUCAGGAACCCACACCCCCAAGGCCUCGUUUCAACGCCCCUCCUGCCCUACCCGACGCUGGUAAAUAUGCACAGGCAGACCCCCCUCGCGCGGCGCCAGCAGGGCCGCCUCCUCCUCCGCGACCACCCAAGACACCGAUUGACGAAAGAGAGGCAACUACUCAGAAAUUUGGUGUUCCUCCCGUCUUUACAGGCCAGAGAUUGAACAACGUGCCUCCUCCACCUCCAGCAAGGGGUCCUGUCCCUCAACCGCCUCCGCGCGAACAACCGCAAGCUAUGCCCCCCCCUGUGCCAGCUGCCUCGAGGCCAGUGCCUGCACCUCCCCCCAGGAAUACACCACCUCCACCUCUACCACAAUCAUCGGUGCCACCUCCGCCUCCUCCGCCUCCGCCUCACCCGUCAAAAGCUGGCGUCCCGCCGCCGCCACCUCCUCCACCUCCUCCCCCAUCCAAUCCUGGAGUGCCGCCUCCGCCUCCGCCGCCGCCUCCGGGUCCGGGAAUACCACCGCCACCACCGCCACCGCCACCGUCUUCCGUUCCAGGAGGACCCCCUCCGCCUCCGCCGCCACCUCCAAAUCGCGACUCUGGUUACUCUUCCGCCACGCCUGCAGGAGCUGGGUCUGGGGCAGACUCGGGACGCAAUGCUAUGCUGGCAGGUAUCCAGGCAGCUGGUGGUAUUGCAUCUCUCAAGAAAGUAGAUAGGACCCAAAUCAGAGAUAGGAGCGGGGCUGCGGUUCCCGGAGCAGAUACGGGCCCUCACGGCAGUGGACUCCCACCAGCUGGCGUCAACCCUGGAGGGCAAGAGGGCGGUAACAUGGCUGACGCUUUGGCGAGGGCUCUACAGCAACGACAAGUCAGAACUCGCGGUAGUGGUAAGAAACUCCCCUCAGAACACUCGUUUUGUAUUUCCUGCUGA